GGGGUCAAGGGAAGCUACGGUUUCACAGAUGACCGAGGAGUCCACCGACAGGUCAACUACGUUGCCGACCACGGAGGAUUCAGGGCCCAGGUCAAGACCAACGAACCAGGCACCGCCAAUCAGAAUCCGGCAGCUGUACACAUGAUAUCUGAUGCCCCUUACGCCCAUGGACAUGAUCACCAUGGUGUGGUUCCAGUCGUCGAUGCUGUGAUCGUUCCCGCCCACCAUGGUCACCAUGAACACGGGUAUGCUGGUGUUCACCAUGGUCACCAUGGACACGGGUAUGCUGGUGUUCACCAUGGUCACCAUGGAUACGGGUAUGCUGCUCCGUAUGCCGGUUAUGGGUAUGCUGGUGUCCCUUAUGGAGGAGGAUAUGGUUAUGGCCUGGCUAAUGGUCUAUUAGGAGGAUUGGGAUAUUACAGAUAUGGCUAUUAAAUGGU